UGUGUUUCUUUAUCAUUCUCAACUCCCCAUCAUUGAAUCCGAGCACCAUCAAUAUUCAGUUUCUCCGGAAACUCCGAGUGCCGGGAAUUUGAAGCACGUACCACCCCGAUAAUUGUCAAUGACGGAGAAGAAUGAUCAGGAAACCCACAAUGACAAUGAGCCUGAUUAUCAUGGCAGAGACCAGGAGCUCGACUCGGCUCUGGGAUAUUAUAUUAAUGACAUGUUGAUGGAAAGCCCCCGCGAAUUAUGUCCAGAUAGUGACCAAGAAGGUGAUGAACCCACAGCUCAAGAGGAUGAGGAAACCAAAGCUGCUUUUGUGGAAAUGAAGAAGAAGAAGAAGAAGAAAGCCUUGAUGGAAUUCCGGUGCAGAGUUGAAGAUGCAAUUGUGGGGAAUUACCUUCUUGGAAAACCCAGCAGAAAGCUUUGCCGAGAUGAAAGCUUGAGGCAAAAAGAACAACUCAAGGAGAUUACCCUAUGGGGUGUGCCUUUAUUGCCAAGUAAAGGCCACAAAGGCACUGAUGCUGUGCUCCUCAAAUUCUUGAGAGCCCGCGAUUUCAAGACUACCGACGCAUUUGAAAUGCUGAGAAGAACCCUGAAAUGGCGAAAAGAAUACAGGGCUGAUGAAAUUCUUGAAGAAGAAUUGGGAGGCCCUGAUCUUGAUAAUGUGGUGUGCAUAAAGAGUAGAGACAAAGAGGGUCACCCUUUGUGUUACACUGUGUAUGGACCUUUCAAGGACAGAGAGUUGUACAAUAAAACAUUCGGGUCUGAAGCGAAACGCCAACAGUUUUUGAGGUGGAGAAUUCAAUUCAUCGAAAAGGGAAUCAAGAAGCUCAACUUCAAGAGAGGGGUUGAUUCGAUGGUUCAGAUUACAGAUUUGAAGAACUCCCCAGGACCCGAUUUUAAGGAGCUUCGUUCGCUUAGUAGCAAAACUCUGCUCUUGUUACAGGAAAACUAUCCUGAGCUCAUUCAAAAGAAUAUUGUUAUAAAUGCUCCACUUUGGUACUAUGUGCUCCAUGUGCUCCGAUCAAGGUUUCUAAGUCACAGAACUAAGAAGAAGUUCGUCUUUGCUAGACCCCAAAAGGUUACAAAGACCCUUCUCAAGUUCAUAGAACCAGAAGAACUCCCAGUUCAAUAUGGUGGCCUCAAAAGAGAGCAGGAUGAGGAUUUUACACCAGAGGACAAAGUAUCACAGAUCAUAGUCAAAGGAAACACAACUAAUUAUAUUAAAAUUCCAGUUGCUGAGGGUGGAUUGACAAUGGUGUGGGAUCUAACCGUGGUGGGAUGGGACGUGUUGUACAAGGAAGAGUUCGUUCCUGAUGAUGAAGGGUCAUACAAGAUUUUACUCCAAGAUAAGAAGAGACUGCAAGGGGAAGGUGUAAGAAACUCCUUCUACCUUAGUGAACCAGGGAAGAUAGUCAUUGCCCUUGAGAAUUGGAAUUUCAAGAACAGGAGGGUUCUUUAUCGGUAUAAAGCCAAACCCACCAUUCCCAUUUACUUAACAAAUAGAUAGCUCUGCAUGCACGUAGAUACUUCACUUGUACUUAUUCUGGAUCUAAAUUAUUGAUUUUUUGCUAAUAGUCCUUCAACCGAUUUAGUUGGUCUGAAACUAUAACUACAGGAAACAUUAACGAUAAUCGGUAUUUUGUUCAGCGAUUAAUAAUUUGAUCCUUAUUUCUAAAGAACUUACAAGAAAGUAUAGUUUA